AUGGAAGAAUUCAAAUGGGAUGAUACACAUCAAAGGGCAUUUGACCAAAUUAAGAAAUACCUAUCGAGUCCUCCUGUCAUGAUGCCGCUAAGGAAGAAAUGGCCGAUGAAGUUAUAUUUAUCGGCUACUGAAGAAUCCAUUGGAGCUAUGCUAGCACAAGAAAAUGAAGCAGGAAGUGAACAAACAAUAUAUUAUCUAAGCCGAGUUUUAACUCCAGUCGAGUGUAGAUAUAUGCCGAUUAAGAAAUUAUGUUUGGCUUUGUAUUUUGCAGCAAUGAAAUUAAGAGUCUAUAUGUUGCCUGUUUUGGUUUAUAUUAUUUGUCAAAUAGAUCUUAUAAAGUAUAUGCUAUCAAGGCCAUUAAUCACAGGCCGGAUCGGCAAGUGGGCUUUGGCAAUAAUGGAGUUUAACAUUGCAUAUGUUCCACAAAAGGCGAUUAAAGGGAGAGCCUUGGCAUAUUUUCUUGCCGAUCAUCCCUCGCCUGAAAUUGAGUCACAAGUGUUUGAUGAGCUUAACUCAACAACCAUAUUCAUGACCCCUUGGACUUUAAUGUUCGAUGGGUCAAGUACCAGUGAAGGCUCAGGAGCUGGUAUAGUGAUAAUAUCCCUAGCAGGGAACCAAAUUUCGUUUUCCUUCUUUUUGGAUUUCAGGUGCUUAAAUAAUCAAGCCGAGUAUGAUGCAUUGAUUAUCGGCUUGGAAAUUCUACUAGAAAUGGCAGUCAAAGACGUCCAUAUUGUGGGGGAUUCUAGUUUGGUGGUUAAUCAAAUUUCGGAAGACUUUAGAUGUUUAAAUUGGCAAUUAAGGCCAUUCCAUUCAUUGGCAACUCAAUUGGUCAACCAAUUUCACAAUGUGACUUUGGAAUACAGACCAAGGGCCAUGAAUAAAAUAGCUAAUGAUUUAGCACAGACUGCCUCAGGAAUAAGGGUGCCGAAUGAUAAUGAUGAUUGGCGAAUCCCUUACAUCUUGUUCUUGCAACAUCCAACUCUAGAAGCCGAUCGAAGAACAAAAAGGAGUGCAAUCGAUUAUGUACUUAUGGAUGGAGAUCUUUAUAAAAGAUCGGCUGAUGAUGCUUUGUUAUUUCAGUGCAUUAGUAAGUUUGAGGGUUUGAAGAAUAUGGCAAAGUUUUUGAAGCAACAUAUCUUUCACCAAUUUGGAUUACCAGAAACAAUUGUUGCCAAUAAUGGAUCUAUGUUUCGAGCAAAUGAAGUACUACAACUCGGCCGUGAUAUGCAAGUAAAAAUGGUAACUUUAACACCCUACUAUGCUCAAGGGAAUGGUCAGGCAGAGGCUUCAAAUAAAGUUGUGAUUGAAAUUAUUGAGAAGAUGAUAAAGGAUAAGCCGAGGCGUUGGCAUGAAACCCUUUCAGAAGCCUUGUGGGCUUAUAGAAAUUUGAAGCGAACAAGUACCGGAACAACUCGUUAUCGGCUAACAUUUGGCCAUGAUGCUGUGUUGCCGAUGGAGUUAAAUGUGAAAUCGGCAAGGGUGGCUUUACAACAUAAUUUUAUACCUGCCAAUUACAAUGAGACUAUGCUUGCUAAGUUAAAAGAUUUGGAUGAAGUUCAAAAACUUGCUCUGGACCACCUUAUGAUCCAUAAAGCAAAGGUAAUGAAGGCUUACAACAAAAGAGUGAAGUUCAAAUCAUUUGCAGAAUGUGACAUGGUGUGGCAAACGAUUCUUCCACCUGGAAAGGUAGAUAGAGUUUAUGAAAAAUGGUCCCCUACUUGGAAGGGACCAUUUGUGGUUCACCAAGUGUUGCAUGGAGGUGUAUAUAGGCUGAAGGAUUUGAAUAGCAAGGGCACACAGCAAAGAUCUACAUAA